UCAGACAGCUUAUCUCUUUUUCUCUACCUCUCUUUCUCUCUCUCUCUCUCUCUCUCUCUUUUGUCCAAUCAGAAAACCUCUCUCUCUCAUCUUCUCGUUCUCUCAUCUUUCACGCCUUGUCUCCCUUCUUUGCAAUAACUAUCCGUACAAACCGAUCCUAAAAUGGUGAUGUUUAAGCUUCCAACUCGGAGCUCCGACUUGGGUGUGAGUUCCCCGACGACUUCAUGUUCUUGUUACAAGAUUUUGGAAGAUUUGGAAGCAUCCACACAACUCCUCGAGGUCUCUAGUUCAAGCUUAAAGCUAAGCCAACGUCAAAACACGCAGUUUCAAGGAGUUGAAAAUAGGUCCGAGAGCUUCGAGCUAAUUUCAGUCCAUUUCCGUCCACUUUUUGGACUUCCAAAAGUUGUUUCUCAUAUAGGAGAGAAUUACCCAGAUGAGGUAUGUGGACAAGCAAGGCAAGGAAGCUACGAUCUGAUUACAUAUCAAACUUGGUUAGCUGAAUUCUUUGUGGCGUACGAGGAAUCUCUAGCAGUUCUGACAUUUCCAUAAAUAAAUGUAGGAGCUUAUUUCUUGUUGUGUAAUAAGUACCUUACUAGAUUCGACUGUUCUAUUUAUGUCGUACUGUCAUCUAUGCUCUGAACACUUAUGUUUUAUGGGUUCUUCCCACUAUUGCGCACUAUCUACUUUAGAUUAAAUAAAUGUUAGCUUUGGUUUAAA